GUUUCUCUCUUCUUCUUAUCCGCAGCCUUUCAAACCCUAGAAAUUCUCAAAUUUCGGGCCUGUAUAAUUUGAACAAGCUAAAUUCUCGAGGAUCUUCAGUUUGAGGAGUACGUGUGAGUUUAGAUUUAGAGUUGAGUCGUGCUGAGUCUGGAUGUACGCUUCCUGACUUGUCUCUGCUUCAUGGAAUCCGAAGCCUCUGCUCUUUUGGCUCGACCUGUCGUGUAUUUGUGAUUGAAUAUCCAAAUUAUCGUUGUGUUUUUAGAUUUGAGCGGUCGCUAUGUCUUCUCUAAGCAGAGAAUUGGUGUUCCUCAUUCUCCAAUUUCUGGAGGAGGAGAAGUUCAAAGAGUCUGUGCACAAGCUUGAGAAGGAGUCUGGGUUUUUCUUCAACAUGAAGUACUUUGAGGAAAAAGUCCAGGCUGGAGAAUGGGAAGAGGUUGAGAAGUACUUGUCAGGGUUUACUAAAGUUGAUGAUAAUCGAUACUCUAUGAAGAUUUUCUUUGAAAUCAGAAAACAAAAAUAUCUGGAAGCGCUUGAUAGGCAAGACAAGGCAAAGGCUGUUGAGAUAUUAGUAAGUGAUUUAAAGGUGUUCUCCACUUUCAAUGAGGAUCUGUAUAAAGAAAUUACCCAGCUGUUAACUCUUAAUAAUUUCAGGGAGAAUGAUCAGCUGGCCAAGUAUGGUGACACUAAAACAGCUCGAAGCAUUAUGUUGAUAGAGCUGAAAAAAUUGAUAGAAGCAAAUCCUCUAUUUCGUGAUAAGCUUCUCUUCCCUACUCUUAAAUCAUCGAGAUUGAGGACAUUAAUCAAUCAAAGUUUGAACUGGCAGCACCAGCUUUGCAAAAAUCCAAGGGCAAACCCGGAUAUUAAGACUUUAUUUACAGAUCACACAUGUUCACCUCCUAAUGGUCCUCUAACACCCACACCUGUCAAUCUUCCAGUCGCUGCAGUUGCAAAGCCCGCUGUUUACACAUCACUUAGUGCUCAUGGUUCCUUCCCACCUGCUGCAGCUUCUGCUAAUUCUAUAGCUGGUUGGAUGGCCAAUGCUUCUGCUUCAUCAUCUGUCCAAGCAGCAGUUGUUACUGCCUCAUCCAUGCCUGUUGCCCAGAAUCAAGUACCCAUCUUGAAACGUCCAAGAACACCUCCGGCAGCCCCUGGCAUGGUUGAUUAUCAGAAUCCCGAUCACGAGCAGUUAAUGAAAAGGCUUCGGCCUGUUCAUUCUGUAGAGGAGGUUUCCUAUCCUACUGCUCGACAAGCUUCUUGGUCACUGGAUGAUCUACCAAGAACAGUGGCAAUGACACUGCAUCAAGGAUCCUCAGUUAACAGCAUGGACUUUCAUCCUUCACACCAGACAUUGCUUCUUGUUGGUUCUACUAAUGGUGAAAUUGCCCUAUGGGAACUUGGGUUACGGGAGAGGUUGGUUUCAAAGCCAUUCAAGAUAUGGGAUCUAUCUGCAUGCUCAUUGCCUUUUCAGGCAGCUGCUGCCAAAGAAGCACCAAUUUCCGUCAGCCGUGUUAUGUGGAGCCCAGAUGGAAAUUAUGUUGGUGUUGCAUUUAGCAAACAUUUGGUUCACUUGUAUGCUUAUACUGGGUCAAAUGAGCUGAGCCAACGAUUGGAGAUUGAUGCCCAUACUGGUGGCGUGAAUGAUUUGGCAUUUGCUCAUCCAAAUAAACAACUAUGUAUUCUGACCUGUGGUGAUGAUAAGAUGAUAAAGGUGUGGGAGUUAAAUGGACGAAAACUAUUCAACUUUGAGGGGCAUGAAGCACCUGUCUAUUCCAUCUGUCCUCAUCACAAAGAGAACAUUCAGUUUAUAUUUUCAACUGCUGUUGAUGGAAAAAUAAAGGCCUGGUUGUAUGAUCACAUGGGUUCCAGAGUUGACUAUGAUGCUCCAGGUCACUGCUGCACCACAAUGCUUUACAGUGCUGAUGGAAGUAGAUUGUUUUCCUGUGGAACAAGUAAAAAUGGAGAAUCUUUCCUAGUUGAAUGGAAUGAAAGUGAAGGAGCCAUUAAGAGGACGUAUAGUGGGUUCAGAAAGAAAUCAAAUGGGGUUGUGCAGUUUGACACAACCCAAAAUCGCUUUUUGGCUGCAGGUGAAGAUGGCCAGAUAAGGUUCUGGGAUAUGGACAUUGUUAGUGUUCUCACAAGCACUGAUGCAGAGGGUGGACUGCAGAGCCUGCCACGUUUGAGAUUUAAUAAGGAAGGAAAUCUUCUUGCUGUUACUACUGCGGACAAUGGAAUCAAGGUACUGGCAAAUGCUAUUGGUCUGAGAUCCUUAAGGGCAGUGGAAACUCCAGCAUUUGAAGCAUUGAGAUCUCCGAUGGAAUCAACUGCAAAUAAGAAUGGAGUUGACCCUAUGGGACUGAGUUUGGAGAAGCCUAGAACCAUGGAAGAUGUGAUAGAUAGAACUAAACCAUGGCAGCUAUCUGAAAUUUCGGAUGCUAUCCAAUGUCGGUUAGUUACAAUGCCCGAGAGUGCAGAUGCUUCCAGCAAGGUUGUUCGACUUUUAUAUACAAAUUCUGGUGCUGGUGUUUUGGCACUUGGGUCAAAUGGUAUUCAGAAACUGUGGAAGUGGACUCGUAAUGAACAAAAUCCUACUGGGAAGGCCACAGCCAGUGUUGUUCCUCAACACUGGCAACCCAACAGUGGUCUUCUUAUGACCAAUGAUAUUUCUGGUGUCAACCUUGAAGAAGCAGUUCCUUGCAUUGCACUCUCAAAGAAUGAUUCUUAUGUUAUGUCCGCCUGUGGUGGAAAGGUUUCAUUAUUUAACAUGAUGACAUUCAAGGUAAUGACAACGUUCAUGCCACCACCUCCUGCCUCGACUUUCCUGUCUUUCCACCCACAGGAUAACAACAUCAUAGCCAUUGGGAUGGAGGAUUCAACGAUUCACAUUUACAAUGUUAGAGUGGAUGAGGUCAAGUCGAAAUUGAAGGGUCAUCAGAAGCGUAUCACUGGUUUAGCCUUUUCGACCAAUCUUAACAUACUGGUCUCGUCUGGUGCUGAUGCCCAACUUUGCGUGUGGAGCAUUGAUACAUGGGAGAAAAGAAAAUCAAUAACAAUACAAUUACCUGCGGGAAAGUCUCCAGUCGGUGAUACUAGAGUCCAAUUCCAUUCUGAUCAACUCCGCUUAUUGGUAGUCCAUGAGACUCAUUUGGCAAUAUAUGAUGCUUCCAAGAUGGAUCGCAUUCGACAGUGGCUUCCACAAGAUAUUCUGCCUGCUCCCAUAUCAUAUGCAACUUAUUCAAGCAACAGUCUGUUAAUAUAUGCUACUUUCUUUGAUGGUAACAUUGGGGUCUUUGAUGCUGAUAGCUUGAGGCUAAGAUGUCGUAUUGCUCCAUCAGCAUACUUGUCACAGGCAGCUUUAAGUGGAAGCCAAGCUGUUUACCCACUCGUGGUUGCAGCUCAUCCACAAGAACCCAACCAAUUGGCUGUUGGGUUGACCGAUGGAUCCGUCAAAGUAAUAGAGCCCUCUGAAUCAGAUGGUAAAUGGGGAUCUACUCCACCUGUAGAUAAUGGAGUGCUAAACGGUAGGCAAGGGCAGUCAUCUACUUCAAAUAUCCACACUCCUGAUCAGGCACAAAGAUAAGAUUCAUUGUAUCAUUCUAGUCUAAUCAUGUUAGAUUUUGAUUCCCCCAUUUGUCUCUUGUCAAUACCAGCUUGGACAUAAAAUGGGUAAAUGUUCAGGUCAUGUACUAAACUUGUGUAUUGUAUUGUAGUCAACUUGUAAUUGCGUUGGUUAUUUGUAAUGUGAAUAUGUUAAUUCUCUUCCCAUAUUGAUAUAUUAUAAUGAAAUCUCUUGUUGGUUACUGA